AUGAUCAAGAUGGUUUCUUCCGAGCUGAAAGGACCUCCAUGUAAGUUUUUGAGCUUCGAUUGUUUUGUUCAAAAAGUCUCUGAUAAAACUUCUCUUUUCUUUUUCCAGUUUGAGAUGUGGAAGCGAAAGACUUGGAACACGACGUCUCGACUGCUCCAGAUCGUCCCGAGAAGCGAAAUCACGACCAGAAAGCCGAAAAGCGAGUCACUUGAUCUUCCGGAGACCGAUAUUAUCUAUACAAAACAAGGGGAAAGAGGCUAUGGAUCCAAAGAGCCGACGAAGCUCGCAGCAGGAACUAUCAAAGGUAAAUUCGUAGAGCUCAAGAAAAUAUCUCAGAAACAUGUUUUUUGUUUCCAGGUUUUUGUCUCUGUCGUCGAUCGAGCACCAGGGGACGCUGUUCUUGAGCUGCGACCAAUCCAGGAGUGUCUUGCGAGCCUCAAGUCGUGUCGAACACUCUCAAGCGUGAGAGAGCAGCACAAGCAAGUAAAAUCCAAGCUUGACCUCGAGAACGAUCGCAAUCUCUACAGCCGCAUUUCCAACACGCUGAUCGAGAUGUAUGGGAAGUGUGGCAGCGCCGACGAUGCCCGCAAAGUUUUUGCAUCGAUGCCCGAGAGCUCCAGAUCUCCCUUCACGCUCUUCUCCAUGCUGGUAGCGUUUGCUCGCAAUGGACACCUCCGGGAGGCCAAGGAGCUCUUUGACGAGAUGCCCGAGAAGGAGCUAAGCGCCUGGAGCGCGCUCAUGUCGGCGUAUGCCCGAUCGGGGCAUAUGGACGAGGCGAAAACACUCUUCGAUCGAAUGCCCGAGAGGGACGUGAUCUCCUGGACUGCGAUGCUCAAUGCCUACACGGAGAACUCGUUAGUCGAGGAAGCGAAGAAGAUCUUCGAUGAGAUGCCUGUGAGAGACGUCGUGUCGUGGACUGGAUUGCUCGUCGCGUAUGCCCAAACCGGCUAUGUGAUAGAAGCGAGGAGAGUGUUUGAAUCCAUGCCCGAGUGGGACACUGUAUCCGCGAAUGCGAUGAUCACUGCGUAUGCAUCGAUCCAAAACGUUAGCGAGGCGAGGAAGAUCUUUGAGAUCUUACCAGCGAAGGAUCUUGUGUCGUGGAACGCCACGAUCGCUGCGUAUGCCCAAAACGGGUAUAUGAUCGAGGCCAAGGCGCUGUUUGAUUCCAUGCCCGAGCGCAAUGCCAUCUCCGUGACCACGAUGCUGUCGACAUACGCGCAGGAUCGCAAGCUCAACCUCGCCAAGAGCCUGUUUGAUUCGAUGGAGGAGCGAAGCACAGCGUCAUGGAAUGCGAUGCUCGCGGCCUAUGCUCAAAACGGUCAUCUCGAGGAGGCCAAGAUCAUCUUUGACACGGUCCCUGAGCGAUGCGUGGUGUCCUGGAACGCGAUGGUCUCAGGCUACGCGCAGAACGAUCGCCUGGAAGAAGCCCGGGAGCUCUUCGAUCGAAUGCCGGGCAGAAAUAUCUCGUCGUGGAACGCGAUGCUAGCGGCAUACGCCCAGCACAGGGACGUGAUCCACGCCAAGCACCUGUUCUUCGCAGAGAUCCCCGACCGCGGCCCCGCGGCAUGGAUGUGCCUGAUCCUCGUCCACACCUACACUGGCCAGAUCGAUCGCGCGGACAAGAUCCUGGCGACAAUGCCGGAUCCCAGCGCCGUGGCUUGCAAUGCCGUGCUGGUGGCCUACUCCCAGAUCGCCCGCUUCGAUCGCGCCGCGGAGAUCUUCGUGUUGAUGCAUCUGGAAGAUUGCGGCGCUGAUGAGACGAGCUUCACAUGCCUUCUCCUGGGAUGUAGCCACAGCGGCGACAUUUCGAGGGCGCGAUCGAUCUUCCAGUCCCUGGCCCUGGAUUUCGCCAAGAUCGCGCGGAAGCAGCACUACUGCGGGAUGAUCGAUGUGCUGAGCCGUGCCGGGCACCUGUGUGACGCGCAAGAGCUCCUGGAGACUAUGCCUUACGAGCCCGAUGCCGCCGAUUGGAGAUCUCUGCUCAAGAACCACAAGAGAAGAGGACGAUGUAGCAGCAGUAGUGAUUCACGCGAAGAUGUGGAUGAAUCCAGCAGCGCUGUGAGAGGAGUCCUCGUGCCAAGGGACGCGCAGGGGUAUAUUCUCCUUGCCAACAUGUUUGCUCAUUAG